UUAAGAUUUAUUAAAGGGCAUGCAAUAAAUAACCUAUAAAAAUACAAAAAUUGGGAAAAAAAAAUAAAGAAAGAAAUUCUGGAGAUGCAGAGCAUUUUCUCGCGGGACGAGCGGCUGCCAACAAAAAAGAAGACAUUGAGAGGAGAUACAUGCAUGGCGUUGAAACCCCAUGCAGUCAUGAUGCCAUGUCCUGCACAAGGCCACAUAAACUCCAUGCUGAAGCUGGCCAAGCUCCUCCACUUCAAUGGCUUCCACAUAACAUUCGUCCACUCUGAGUUCAACUACAACAGAAUCAUCAAAGCUAAUGGAGCUUCUUCUCUCAAGGGAUUAGAUGACUUCCGUUUUGAGGCAAUACCUGAUGGCCUUCCUCCAUCUGAUGAGAGUGUCAACCAAGAUUUAGAAUCCCUUGCCAACUCGGUCCAGACCACUUGUGUAAUCCCUUUUAGAAACCUCUUGAUGAGGUUAAAUGAUCAUCCAUUGUCCGGAGUACCGCCCGUGUCAUGUAUCAUCUCUGAUUCAUUUACUAGCUACACGCUAGAAGUUGCCAAGGAGCUCAAUAUCCCUGACUUCUUCUUCUGUUCUAUCAGUGCAUGUAGUUACAUGGGGUUCAUACACUACAAGGAACUCAUUGCCAGAGGAAUCACACCAUUGAAAAGCGAGAGUGAUCUCAGUAACGGAUAUCUGGACACACCAGUGGAGUGGAUACCGGGUUUGAAGAACAUUCGUUUGAGGGAUCUUCCAAGCUUCAUUAGAACUACUGAUCCAGCUGACAAAUUACUCAACUUUGUGAACAUUGAAGCUCAGAAAGCAUUUGAAGCCACUGCCAUCAUCAUAAACACUUUCGAUGAAUUGGAAGAUGAAGUUUUGAGUGCUAUGGCAUCAAUUCUCCCUCCCCUCUACACUGUAGGACCUCUCUCCCUACUUUAUAGCCAGUUCCCUAUAACUAAUGCCACAUCAAUAGUCUCAAACUUCUUGAAAGAGGAUGAGAAUUGUCUGGAAUGGUUAAAUAAGAGGGAGACGGGGUCAGUUGUGUAUGUGAACUUUGGAAGUUUGGCAGUUGUAUCUCAUGAGCAGAUGAUAGAAUUUGCAUGGGGUUUGGCUAACAGCAAGCAUCACUUCUUGUGGAUCAUAAGGCCAGACCUUUUGAAGGGUGAAGCCGCGGUGCUCCCUGAGGAGUGGUUGGAUGAGAUCAAAGAGAGAGGGCUGCUUGCAAUCUGGUGUCCACAAGAGAGAGUGUUAUCUCAUCCAUCAGUUGGCGGCUUCUUUACUCACAGUGGAUGGAACUCUACAAUGGAGAGUGUGAGUACAGGGAAGCCAAUGAUCUGCUGGCCAUAUUUUGGAGAUCAACAAACAAACUGUAAAUAUGUUUGCAAUGAGUGGGGGAUGGGGAUGGAGAUUGAUAGUGAAGUGAAGAGGGAACAGGUUGAGGAACUCAUAGUGGAGUUGAUGGAUGGAGAGAAAGGGAAGGAGAUGAAGAAGAAGGUGGUGGAAUGGAAGCAGAAGGCCAUGAGAGCUACAAAAGAGGGUGGUUCAUCUUUCAUGAACUACAAGAGAGUUGUCGAUGAGUUGCUCCUCUUUGGAAGGAAAUCUAUCUGAUUAUUAAUAAGGUAUAUAAAUAUUUAAAUACACUUUUAGAAAUAAAGUUGUAAGAAUAUUGUUUGAGGGGGGAGACACCCUUUUCCCUUGUGUCUAAAACUUAUCCAAUUAUGUACUGUGAAACUAUCUUAAAAGUAAUCAUAUAAUCUUUCUUCCAUUUUUUUUUU